AUGCGGGGACCUCUGUUCGAGCUCCAGAACUUACUCCAGAACUCCAGGACAGUUCUGGAGUUUACAAAAGAUACUGCCAGGUUCAAGGAUGAACUAGAUAUUAUGAAGUUCAUUUGCAAAGAUUUUUGGACAACUGUAUUCAAAAAACAAAUAGACAACCUAAGGACUAAUCAUCAGGGUAUUUAUGUCCUUCAAGACAAUAAAUUUCGUCUCUUGACGCAAAUGUCUGCAGGAAAGCAGUAUUUGGAACAUGCACCAAAGUAUUUAGCAUUUACCUGUGGACUAAUCAGAGGAGGCCUAUCCAAUUUGGGAAUAAAGAGCAUUGUAACAGCUGAAGUUUCAUCAAUGCCUGCAUGUAAAUUUCAGGUGAUGAUACAGAAGAUGUAGAGCACGUUCAAAUCUGGGUAUCUACCUUAAAAAUCCUUUGUGUGUGGAUUCAGUGUAUGGACUCAGUCUUGUAUAUAAUUUGUAAAUUAUAGCAGUGUGCAGCACAGCUCCAAAAUAUAUAAUAAAUGUUGAUUGAAACAACUUAA